GAUACUUAAUUAGCUAUGUUUAUUUAAGAUAGCUAGGCAAAAUAAGGGACUACCAUGGUGGAAAGCUUCAUUACACCAUACGUAAAAUCAAUCGAGGUAGAAACAAUAAAAAUAAGGAUAUCCUUAUAAUAUUUCUAAUUUCGCAUUUGGAAAUAUCCCUGCCGUUAUAUUAUCCUUACUAUUACUCAUCUAUUUACUGCUUUUUGAGGAACAUUAAGUAACUAUACAUAUUGUUGAGUAUUCUUAAAUGCUCUUAGAAUAAACGUCAAGACGGGGGUGACUUGAUGUAAAUGGAUAUAUGUAGCAGUCUUCCGAUGGGUAGCUAACACGACAUUGGUUUCUUCGUAUUCACCUAAGCCGAAGUAAACAAAAGGAAAUCCAGGGGUCUCACAUAAUUGUGAGAAAGGAUAAGUUAUGCCCUUUUUAAAAUGAAAUACAUUAUGUUUUGUUGUCGUGGUUUCGGCAUUUUUUUUGCGUUUUUUUCAUUGGGCAUUCGAUCUUGUUAUAUAUGUAGAUGAUGUGUGGGAAGACAGGUGUUGCACGCUUCAUAUAGAUACGAAGUCCGUAUCAUCACUAGCUUCUUUUCAUCACCAUUCAGUGGAAUACAUUUGUGAUAAACUACAUAAUGAUUGCUUCUUGGGCUUUGAUAUGCGGGAGUGAGGACCUUAAACAUAAGUGUAAAUGCAAUCCCAGGUCAUAUAGUUGAUAUCAAGGAGCAAUUACUAUAUUGAAAAAAGUUCAUCAGGAGUUUUUUGCCUUCCCAAAUACAAGUUCUUUUCACUUUUUUCUGUCCUUAUAUGCGUGAACCUGAGGCUACAGAUGAUUGUAUUUAACUUUCUCUUUAUGUGUACAAUUUUUACAGUCAUAUCACACACACUUUUCUUUAUUAUUAGAACACAGAAAGUUAAGCAUGGUAAGCAUUUGAUCAAUAAGGGAACCUUACCUAACGCAUUUUAAAGAAUAUAAUUUUCCAAAGCGGAGAGUAAGCAAGCUUUUCUUCUUGGUUUUAGAAUCACUCUGUAUACCAUUUUGUUUCCAUUUGAGCCACUCAUUGCAUCAAAAACAACCCAACUCUAAAUUUUAGAUCAAUAGAUAUAGCGCAACAUAUUGUCAAUAGCUGUCGCGUAAAUACAUUAGCUUUUAGUGGAAAAGGUCAUGCAACAAAACCAGGAGGAGCGGCGUGUUCGUAAGGAGCGUGAGAGGGCUGAACGCAAAGCCCGGGAGGCAGCUGCCGCUUCUGGGGCUAAUGGAGUUGCUGAAGGAGGGAAUGAGCGCCGAAAGGAGACGGAAGAGGAGCGGCGUGUUCGUAAGGAGCGUGAGAGGGCUGAACGCAAAGCCCGGGAGGCAGCUGUCGUCGCGCCCAGCAAUGAAGAGGAGAACAAUGUAGAUAACAAUAGUAAUGGAAAGGAAUUAACUCCGACCACUUCUCCGACGAACAACGAUUUUGCUGAAAGCCUAUCACGAGAGAUCAAUAUUCUUAUGGCUACCAUUGAGGAACAGAAUCGUGAGGCUUCUCUUCGCAGUCCAUCAUGGUUAAGAAGAAACCAAUAUGAGACAGUGUCUCCCAAAAAGGAAAAUAUAGAGGUCCAUGAGCCAUCAGUAGAGGAGAACGAUGUAAACAACUCAGAUAUAGACAGACGCGUCAGCGAUCGGAGAAAAGACAGAAAACAAAAGAAACUUGAAGAUGGUGAACAAAGCCCUUUUCCGACUAUGGAUUUUAUCAGGGGCGACAACUCCUCAACCACGAUGCAGGACUUGCGGCGACAGGGGUAUAGUGCCCAAUAUGGGAAGGAUUUAGAGCGCGCCACGGUGCUCCGACGUCUGGUGGACCUCGACGACACAGGAGUGGUGUUGUUCGACGCGGCACCUCAAUCUGAGUACGAUCUUUAUAUUCGCAGCUUCAGCGAGAGUGGGAAGCGGCAAGUAUGGGUACAGGCCCCGGCGGAAGAGGAUUUCAUUGACUGUGAGGUCCAGGUCGAUCGUGCGUAUCGAAAGCGAAAAGCGAUACAGGUGCCUGAAGAUCUGUUCUUUUACUCCAAACACCCUAUAGAGGGAAAUGACGCAGAUGUUGAUAAAGGUGAGGUUGAAGAUACAAAGGAUGCUCUUACAGAGGUGUUGACCCCGUCUGUAGAUCCCAAUCUAUUGGUGAAUUACAUUCACCGCGUGCUCCCCGUCAUGAAUGCCGUCUUGGACUCUCAGUCUUUUGUACAGAAGGAGGGUGCUGAGGAGAUGUUGGGAGUCGACAAAAACAAUUCUGGAGCCUCUUCUUUAGCUUCUCUUUCUUAUGCCUGCACUACUUACAGCUUUCCUUUGACUAGCAAACGGUCGUUGCUGAAGAUUCGUUUUAGUUACCCACCUUCACACCUCGUAGCGGUUCUCUACAGCAAGGUACAAGAAGUGGUUUGUCUGUCUGAGCUCGAUCGAUACCUUUCUGUAAUUGUUGUUUGGAGCAUCUUCGACAACACGGAGCCGGAGCGAAUUCUCGUGAGCGAUUCUAGCUUGUCGUGCUUCUGUUUUAGCCCAAGCCGACCGGAACUGCUUUAUGGUGGUUCUGAUAAUGGCAGCAUCUGUGUGUGGGAUUUACGUGAGCCGGACCAUCAUCAUCUGUAUGAAGGAUGCUACCAGAGGUUGGUGUUCCGUCUACCCUCCUACUCUUCGAGCUGGAAUACGGAUCAACAUUGCUCACCUGUCCGGCAGCUGUGCGUGGUUGGUUACAAUAACGCCGUUGGGGCGAAACGCGAGGGGGGUGAGCAGGUAGCCUCGCUUGAUACAAGUGGUGAAGUGAGGUUUUGGUCUGUCAGUGAUAGGGACACUCGCUCCAGAACAAACGUCAACCAGAACGAGCACGGUGUUCACAUCUUUUCAACCGUCAAGCUCUCAUUGGUUGGGUCGUCUUCACGGGUCGGUUACGACAACGCGAGUUCGACAUCCGACCUCUCCUCGCCUGCUUUAUCCUCUCUGCAGCCUCCCUACUCAGGGUCUGGAUGGGGGGCAAGUGCGUUGGACUUCACACCUACGGACGCUUCACGUUUUGUAGUGGCGGUACCGAAAGGUAUCCAACAUUGCAGCCGCUACGGAGGCAUCACGGUCCCGUCCCUAUACGGUCCUUCUUCCCGCCACUUCAACCAGCCCAUCGCGGUACCGUGUUGUGUCCAAUUCAACGUUUUAGAUAGUCGAUUUCUUGAAGCAGGCUACGAAGACGGCACUGUGCGUUUGUUUUUGCAUAAUCAAAAAAGCCCUCGGCUGAUUGUCGCGGUGGCAGGUGCAGGGGUCCCUAUUAUCGAGCUGCGUUGCUCCAGCACUGCGCGUUGGAUCACGCUUGUGUUGGAUCAAAACAGUACACUACACGUACUGGACCACGCACACAAGAAUCGGGAAGAGCCGCAGUUCUCGUUUCCCCUCGCACAGACCGACACUGGAGCAUGUCUUUGCAUGGACACCCCUGCGGAGUUAACGUCUUCGGGAAAGCAGCUACUGGCGCUUGGGUAUGAGAAAAACAUACUUCAAGUGCACGGCAUUAACAUAGCAAAUCUGCAAGCCCCCCCUGCAGAGCGUGAUGAAUCUUGGCUCUGA